AUGUGGCAUUUCAUGUCAUCGCCAUGUGGCCUUAGCUGUUCCAUCGUCAUGGUAACGCCAUAUGGCCUUAGCGGUGUCAUCGUCAUGUCAUCGCCAUGUGGCCUUAGCUGUACCAUCGUCAUGUCAUCGCCAUGUUGCAUUAGUUGUGCCAUCGUCAUGUCAUCGCCAUGUGGCCUUAGCUGUGCCUUAGCUGUACCAUCGCCAUGUCAUCGCCAUGUGGCCUUAGCCGUGCCAUCACAAUGUCAUCGCCAUGUGGCGUUAGCUGUGCCAUCGCCAUGUCAUCGCCAUGUGGCCUUAGCUGUACCGUCGCCAUUUGGCCUGAGCUGUACCAUCCUCAUGUCAUUGUCAUGUGGCCUUAGCUGUACCAUCGUCAUGUCAUCGCCAUGUGGCAUUAGCUGUGCCAUCGCCAUGUCAUUGCCAUGUGGCAUUAGCUGUGCCAUCGUCAUUUCAUCGCCACGUGACCUUAGCUGUACCAUUGCCAUGUCAUCGCCAUGUGGCCUUAACUAUACGAUCGUCAUGACAUCGCCAUAUGGCCUUAGCUGUGCAUUCAUCAUGUCAUCGCCAUGUGGCCUUAGCUGUGCCAUCGUCAUGUCAUCGCCAUGUGGCCUUAGCUGUGUCAUCGCCAUGUCAUCGCCAUGUCAUCGCCAUGUCAUCGCCAUGUGGCCUUAG